CAUGUUUUUUGGAAUAUCUCCAAAGAUAUUUAGUAGGACACACAGCAGUGUCAGACAGGUUAUCGACCGCAUCCUCAACUUUGACGUGAAGAAGAAGAACUCUGCAUUGAAGAGAAACAGCUCCGACUGUUCGGUGUGCUCUGAGUCGUCAUCGUGGAGUUCCAAUUCAAAGAACGGUGUUAAAAAGCUUGCUAAGUUCAUCAAAUGAAGACCUAGUGUGUGCUCUAUGGUGUCUCGCCCUUUUGAUGUGGAAUAUGGAUGUUCCCAAAGAAUCCACCUGCACUGACGAGGUUGUAGAAAGAAAAACCUGCUUCCCCAGCAUCUGUAAAAGAUGUCUCUUCAGCAUCAAUAAAACCCGUCAUGUUUUUGAAAUGUUUGACGUAGUUCCAGCAGAUGACAAGCGACAUGAACGGCUUCAACAUCCACUAUAGAAUGCUUUUUCUAGUCAUAUUAUUUAUUUAUGUAUUUAUUUUAAUUUAAUUUCCAAUAAAACAAUAAUAAAUAUGG